AUGAGAGCCGAAGCCGUGAGCUUCGUGUUCGAACAUGUGUUCCUUCCCCCGAAACUACCACAAGAACAUCACGGCGAAUCAGGCGCUGAUGAUCUCCUGAAAGAGAUCUUAGAUGCCACGCGCGACUUUACGCUUUCCUUUUCUGUCUUUAGGCACGAGCGCCCCAUCUGGAGGCGACUCUCACGUUCACUAGCCAAGUGGGUCGAUAUCUACCACCAAGGUGCCCCAUGUCGCGAAGUCAUUACUAGUACCCUUGAACAUAGGCAUCAAGAUGAUGUUUUGCUUUUCUACAUUCAACCCCAAAAUGCCGCCAUCCUGAUUCGAAGCAAGCCAAACGGAGCCAUCUUCGAGUGCUUUGAGGUGCUUGCAAAGACUGAUGCGGUUCUCAGUGCCAAAGACGCCGUCAUCCGACACUUCCCAGCACGAUCGGUAUUUUUGUCGAAGUCGAAACUCGAGGAUUCUUCCUUUCUCAAAAGCCUUGGAGAUGCCAUCUAUAUGCUGUCAGUUGAACCAUUGAAAAUGGCUAUGGAAACCACGAAGAAGGCAAACAAUACUAUGGUUGAGGAGCGGCAAUCUGCCCAUCCUCGAGCAGUCUCCGAGUGGCUGUUCAGUGUCUUGGGUGGCUGUGGAAAGACGGCGUCGAGUUUGCCCAUCCGCAAACGCGUUCACGAUGAUGUUUGCUGGAAAAAUGCCCACUUACCUUGGCGCCGGUCAGGUGUUUGGCUAGCUGCCAAGGUUGCCCUUCACAUCGCCCUUGUCAACGCAGACCUCGAAGCAGCUGGUAUUGCGGCCAUUGACAAUAGACCCGACAUUCUCCACGUUCUGCCCGUCAACUCGACCCUAGACCUACUCGACAACAGUAUCCGCCGCCAAUGGGCCGAGACUGUCGAUAGAGACAGAGUUGUCGUUCGACCUGUCCCUCUCAGCGAAGUAUCAGAUCACCUGGUGUUGAAGAACAGUUGCUCCAUAAUACACAACAUCUGGAGUCGCUCUCGAAAAGCUUUCAAGUACUCACUCACUUCUUACAUCCCUCCGUCAUCCGGUAGAAUGCCGUUGUCAAAGUACCUACUACCGGAAGUCGAGAUCUUUACACAGGCUAAAGACGUCCUCUUUUGUCUUGUCGACUUUGAGCUCUGGGUUGAGGAGUGUUUGAGCAGCUGGAUAGCGGUCAACGUGUCAACUGCAGCCGCAUGCCGCAGCCUGUAUGGACUGAUACAGAAGUAUUAUGCUUUAGCCAAGAAGAACUACCAGCUACAUGCGGAGCGAAUGUCCAUUAUGCUCCUUACGAUGUUCGAAUUGUGGAUGGCCCUGGACAUCAUUGCAACUACUUCAUAUCCGCUCCUCUUGGAGUAUCCACAGGAGAUUCCUGUCACUCUCUUUGGACCUCUUCUUCUCAGUAAUCGAACUGAACUGGACAGACUGUCAAAGGUGGAACUCUACAUCAAAUCAAGACGAUUACGGUGUGCCCACACCAGUCCUUCUCUCUUCGUCGAUCCGUCACCAGGCUGCUUCGCUGUGAGAUUUUACGACCAAUCUUCUGAUCUGCAGGCCCUACGCGCUACGGUCGAAGAAGAUGCUCAUCAAGCACGGAGAGCUAAGUCUGACGAGUGGGAGUCGAAAAAGAAGACAUUUGACGAAAUGAUGACAGAAGUCAGUGAAAUGAAAUGUGGCGUCUUCAUCCCCAAAGGGGUCAACAGGUACGGAAAGCCAUAUGUUGGCAGGCCUAGACAUGACAAGAAAUGCCAGAAAUGUAAACAGGAACAGCAAGCCAAGGACCUCCAGAUAUCCAAACACGAAUGGCCACUCCCAGACGACGAGACCCUGUGCAAAGCAGUGAUCUUUGAGCUUGCCGCCCCCGAUGCGAUUGUCUCCUGGCGAGAUGCCACAUUUUUCUUACUUCAAGAUGUUUGCAGAACCAGCCAAGUCACCGGGUCGGCGUCCAACCAGGGACUACUCUCGUACGGACCACUUGAGAAGUACGCCCAACGGAGAAAUCGACGGAUCACUCUUGCAUCCUCGGUAAAGCCCGUUCUGAAAUCACACUAUCUCAAGGCCUCAUUAAAUGUUGACCCCGUCUUGGUCAGCAACGGCCUUCGCCCUAGGAUGCAUGAUGCUUCGAAUCUGGCUCUAUGGACGGCAGACCAGACCGGAAAUCCUUCGUUGCGAAGCCAUUGCUAUACCAAAGCCACAGACUCUCCAAACAGUGUCUUUAAUGGCUAUGCCAACUUAACCAGCCAUACACAAAAUCAAGUCAUCUCUCAACAGUCCAAGUGCCCUAAAGAGAUGGGCUCUCAUGAAUUUGUGCUCUUGGGAUCGCUAAGAUCUGGGGAAAGACUCCAACUACUCAAUGUUCUUGGAGCAAUCACCUCCGCAGAAAUCGACCUCAACUCUCCCUCAACAGCUCUUGUCUUUCGUUACGCUAUCUCUCAAGUUGGUCAAGCAUGUCCUACCUCGCUGCUACGUGAAUCUCAGGCUGUACUUGAGGAAGAGCACUUCACGUCUUCGUUGCUGGACGCCCUCAAUAGUGCAUUUAAAAGAAUAGAAGCGAAUUUUAAAGAAGUGGCGGCGGCGGCUAUAUUGCUAGAAGUGGCCCUCAAGGUUAUGUCGCUGUCGUCGUUUGAAGACGCCACAAAGCGCUGCAUGGACCUUGUUCUCUGGAUUCGUCGCUCUGGUCUAUGUUGGAUACGCCAGAUGACCAAACUCUACGCUGAACGGAAAAAUGCUCGUGCUGACAGCUCUACUCUCGGAGACCUUUCACGUCAGAUAUUGCAUGCAUGCAUUCUUUGUCGUCACACGUAUACCGUCGAUACAGAGGCGCAACCUUCCAUGUUCUCUGACCAGGAUGCUGUGGCAGACUAUGUGGAGGCUUCUGUUCACUUGCACACGCACCGGAAAUCCCAGCCUGCCACAAAGUCUCCCAGCAGUGAAGCACAGCUUUUGAAUGAUGCGUACCUUGCGAGACGAAACCACAAACAUCUUCAAGCCAGCCUUGAGCUCCAUCAGUUCGCAAUUACAGAUGGUAUCAAGAGAUUUUGGACAACAGCUAGGUUCACCAACAAGUGGCAGACAGUUCACUCAGAUGAUUCCUCCUGGAUUUCAAAUCGGACUUCUUCUAAAGUCGUUCACUACAAUCUAGUCUCCGGCAGCCUUCUUGUCUCCGGACGGGCGAUUUCUCAGCUACCUGCUCGGUAUACUUCUGAUCCACUCUACCGCUCCAUCUUUGGCGAUGUAGACUUGGACGUUUUCGCUGCUGAUAUCGACGACAUGGAGUACAUGACCAAGGAUGAUUUUCAUGGCCAUCGUGUCUAUUUCGGCUUGCGUGGUGACGUUCUACUCAUCCGUUCGCAGCAAACCGAUAAUACUUUCGAGGCAAUCAAUCGCAAUCACUUUCUAGAAGACCUUCCGCGAGUUAUCGUCGAGAACACUACCCCUUGGAUGUCCUUGCGUGACGGCACCGUGGUUUUCCGUCCUCGGGCGCGACCUUUCCACUCAGAAGAAUGCAACUGGAUCCUGAGCACUAAUCUUCAUGCAAGGUCUAUGACAUCCAUGUAUGCCGGCCAGAAGUAUUUGAUAGAUACCCAUAGUUCAGUUGGGUCAACUAUUUGCGAAGCUCUCAGACCGAUUGAGCAAUCGGCACACAUCCUCAUCACAUCCAGCCAAAACACGAUAAUCGAGAUUGAGCUUCCUCGCUAUCACCUGCAUUUUUACGUCGACUUUGAAGGUCGUAUGGUUUGCAAAGAGCUUUCUGCCUUCAUAGACUUUGACCAAACAUUAGGAACACUCUAUGGAUUCAAGUCUCGUCUAAUUCUGCGAUCGACGAGUAAGAUUGCUGGAUCAAACCUGAGAACAGUUCUCAUCCCACACGGUGAUGUGAGAAUAGUUGCCGCACCGCCUCAUAUCUCCGCUCAGGUCCAGCUGGGAGGCACCGAUUCUGUUACCUUUUCGCAGUUCCGCGUCGAUGCUAGACUCGGGCAGCUAAUUGGUCAAGAUCUGGAAGCACAUCUCUACAAGGCAUACCUACAUGCGGUGACAAGCUUUGUGGAGCCUGACUCUCUGACCGGCAGGACGGGCACUGAAGAGAGUCUGUUCGCUUUGUCGGAUGCCAUCUGCUACACAUGCCAGCCAUUGUCGCCGCGUGCCCAUGCCAUAUUAUCUUUGAUUGCUCGGCUUACACCAGGGAGGAGCUUCUACCCUCCCCAUCUCAAAACUAUGCAGACCAUCACUUUUAACGGUGUCCUACCAGUCAUGGCCCAACGUGAUAUCUUCUUUGGGACAGUCCACGCUAUUAUCGCCCACAACAUGAAAGCAGAUUGGUUGUUUGAUUCUCAAGUGAGUGCCAUAUCAUACAAUGGGGACUAUGCAUUGUUGGACAGAUCACAUCACCGAACACGAAAGCUUUUCCCAAGCGAAGCUGUUACAUCAACCUCUCUCCCAGUCGAGGACAAAGAUUAUCGUGCACGGGAUCGAGAUCUAGAUGACCACUAUUAUGCGUCGGCUGCUAUGGCCAACCUUAUUGAGACCUCGCCUUCCACGUUUGAUGUCAGUACAUCUUGGAAAAGUACAAUUCAGCUUUGGAAAGAUGUCAAAGGAUUCAACGAGGAAUUCACCUUCAACUCAUUUUCAGGUCUUUUGAGCCAGGACCUUAAAGAACUCUUCCCUCGUCUAAUGAGCCUAUGCAGAUCCCCGUCUGCCUCAAAAGAAAAUGUCAUGCUGGUCUUGUCAUUGUUAGUAUUCAAGCAACCUGCGAUUGAAGCGCAGUUGAGAUCACUCUUUGCAUUUGCGAUUUCGCCUGUUCUCAGGGGCCUCCCAGCCCCGGAACACGAUUCAUACGACUUGAGAGACGGCUACAGCUACAAUCACAAGGAGAUCUCGACACUCAUUUUUCAAUGUCGGAAACCAUUCAUCCCGAGCAAGGCAUCCGUAAAUGCGGAAAACGAUGAAGAAGCGAUCGCGGAACAGCGACGGCAGUUUGAUCAGGAGCUCAACAAUCAGCGCGAGUCGAUCCUGGAAGCUGCACAAGAAUCCUGGCCGAAUGACACCGUUCGAUUCCCUCCAAAGAGGUCUUUGAAUCACUACGAGAUUUCGGAUCUGAAAAUGCUGCUGAAUGGGAGGUUUGCCGUUUGGCACAAAAAUCAUGUCUUUUUGCAACUCCUCGAGAAUUACGACAAUGAGCUCAGAGGUUUUAGCAGCGUCUGGAAUGGCCAAGAUGUCCCGGACCUCAUUGUCGACCUCGGGCCUGCCAGCCCUUGUUUACGUCAAAAUACUCACUUUUCGCUGCUUGACCUCAUGGUCGUGACGCCAGUCACCAUGCAGGCUUUCAGCGACAGCAAGCCUACUGAAUUAGAUGGAGAUUUGUCAUCAGAGCUUGUGUCUCGAAAGACUACACCUCAAUUCCUGGAUUCUAACCAAGCUCGUUCUAGCUUGGAAGAACUAGAAGCUAUUGCUGAAGAGUUACUUUCUGAUACCUCUACAGCCGUACGUGAUUACGGGAGUUUUUUGAAUGACAGCAACCAGGCUAUGAAGUGCCGGUUGGGCCAGGACACGAUCAAGAUGGAAGUGCCUUCUGGUGAGGUUCUGGCUAAAAAGCUUGAGGAAUCUAGAGCCCGAAUCUCCUACAUUCUUGGUCGAACCCGCAAGUUAUUGAGACCGCGUGUCGACACGCAAGAGGCUCUCGUAACAGCAAGACUCUGGCCACAGGUGUCUGAGUUGACAUUGCUUCAGCUCCUCUCCGCUGACAAUCGAAAGAAAGUACCUUCUUGCUGGAUAUCUGUUCUUCUCCAAUUUGCAAGAGAGAUUACGGCCGCUCAACGUGUGGAAAGAUUACAAAAGUUCCUUGCUGCCGAUGAUGCGUUCGCUCUCAAUAACGAGCUUGCAAAUCCUGCACACUCUGCAUGGUCGCCAGAGGAGUGGCCUGACUGGCUCCUUCUCGAGUGCCAAAACAACUUUCUCAUUCGACCUGUGCAGAUCCGUGUAGCAACUGAAUUGCUCAAGCCGGAAAAUGGUACUGUUCUCCUGGGUAUGGGUGAGGGAAAAACAAGUGUGAUUUUAAAUCUUGUGGUAACAGCACUUGCUCAAGGUUCGCAUCUCGUUCGAGUCGUCGUGCUGAAACCACUUGCACAAGAAAUGCUCCGGAUCUUAUCACGCUCUCUUGCAGGCUUGGUGGGCAGGAACCUCUACUAUCUGCCCUUUUCCAGGCAGACCAAUUUAACCGCCGAAACACCCCAGCGACUGAUGAGCCUGUAUCAGGAAUGCCGGGAAGGGGGAGGGGUACUGCUGACUCUACCAGAAUACCUGAACUCUUUUCGCCUUGUGGGCAUAGAUAAGCUGACACCGGACACUCACCAUCUUGCUGCCAACCUCAUCGACGUUCAGAAAUGGCUUGAUUGCAAUGCUAGAGAUGUCCUCGACGAGUCCGACGAGCUGUUGAAACCUGGAUACGAACUUGUCUACACGAGUGGGGAAGCAAACCUUCUUUCCGGAGCGCCAGACCGAUGGAAUGUUUCGUUGGAAGUCUUGUCUUUGGUCCAGAAAAAUGCGUAUGCGCUUUUCAACCAGUGUCCAACCGGAAUCGAAGUUGAAGCCCGAGGCCCAGGCGCUUUCCCCCAUUUCAGAGUGCUCAACGAUGAUGGCGCGGCGGCAGUGGCAAAGUUCGUGACUGAGGCCAUCGUCAAUGGACAGCUUUCAUGCCUUUCUCUCGGCCACUGCGAUCCAGAGGUGCUUCACGCCAUCAGCUCGUUCAUUCUCAAUGUGGACGUCGACGCGGCCCAAUGUGAAUUGAUCACCCAACACUUUCGGAACUCCUCCAGACUCAACCUACUCUAUGUGGCCAGAGGUCUGGUAUCACAUCAAAUUUUGAGUCAUGCUCUGCACAAACGCUGGCAGGUGAACUAUGGGCUGGAUCGGACUCGAACUUUGAGCGCAGUUCCGUAUCGUGCCAAAUCAGUUCCAUCACCCAGUGCUGAGUUUGCACAGCCGGAAGCGGCAAUCAUCCUGACCGCAAUGUCAUUCUAUUACACAGGCAUUCUUCACCAGGACUUGAGGAGAUGCCUUCUUAUCUUGCUCAAGCUGCCAGAUCCCGCUGACGCAUACCAUAAUUGGGUGAAACAUUCCAAGAUUCCUGAAAAAUACCGCAAAAUCAACUCCAUCAACCUAGAUGAUGCCACUUGCGUGGAUACUCUGUACGCCCAUCUACGCAUCAACAGCGAGUUGAUCAACUUCUUUCUCCGACACGUUGUAUUCCUUUCGGCAGCGAAAGAGUUUCGAUACAAAUUGUCCACCUCGGCUUGGGAUCUGUGUAGAAACGAAGGAGUGCUUACAGUUGGCUUCAGUGGCACGUGCGACAGCAAAAUACCAAUCAUACAGAAGGAUCUUCCGGACUUGAGACACAUCACAGCGUCAACUCUGUGUACCCUGUUGAGGUUUGAUAACCGGAAAUACUUCUGUGCCGCAUCACCAUCUGGUCAGAGGCUGACUACGAAGAAGUUGCUGCAACGCAUCACUGCAGACGGACCACUCGAUGUUAUCAUCGAUGUGGGAGCUCAAAUGCUAGAAGGAAAUCUAGAGAUCGCCCAGUUAUGGCUGCUUCUGAGGCCGGAGAAGAUGGCCACCAUUUACUUUUCGGAAAACGACGAAAAGAUGGUAUUAAAUCGUGAUGGCUCAACCGAACCACUUGCGUCUUCCAUCUUCAAAGAUGAGCUGAGAAGCUGUCUAAUCUUUCUCGACGAGUUUCAUACCAGAGGAACCGACUUUCUGCUUCCCGACAACUUUACCGCCGCCGUUCUGUUGGGACCAGGAAUUCUGAAAGAUAACCUGGCACAAGCCUGUAUGCGCAUGAGGAAGCUUGCCGUCUCUCAACGUGUCAGAUUCUAUGCUCCCCCAGAGGUCGACCAGGCAAUUCGAAGCGUCAAUAAAAUUCCGACCGGGGAGCUUGACAGCCUGCAUGUCGUCCGUUGGGCUAUUCACCAGUCUUGUCUUGCUCUGAAAAAGCAAGAUCCUCUUUACAUAUCUCGAGGGUUGCUUCACUCACGGCGGCGACUUGCUGCUGCCCGGCACAUUUCGUCUGACGGAAAGAUUGUGGAUUCUCAACAGUAUCUGAAUACAGUUCGAGAACGAGAAUGUCGCCCCGUCACUGAGCUGUAUUGCGUGGGCGGGCAUCACCGAGCUGAAAUGCCGUUCCAGCCGACUCUCCAGGAGAAUCAAGAUUUUGUUAUUCAAGAUCUGUGUCUAGAGAUCGAACGAAUUGGGUCAACAGACAUUGACGACAGCGGGAUCACGCAAGAACAGGAGCGAGAGGUCUUGCAUGAAAUUGAAGAAGAGAGAGAGGUGCAACGCCCUCGAGAGGUCCGUCCUGCCACUCCCAGCGUCUGUCAGGCCUUGCUGGAUUUUAUUCGAAAUGGCCGGAAUGGAGCUACUCUCGUCAAGCCCACAGAACUCCGCCCAUGCUUCGAAAUCCUGGUGCAGACCCGCCUCAGGCCUUACUACACGCCCUCGGAGUCUCCCACGCAUGUGUGGGUAACUCUGGAUUUCAUGCGAACCAUUGAAUCUCAUGACGGUUCUCGUGACGACGGUUUUUUGAGACCAGUGCAGUGGGUGUUGAAAAUGGAGGGAAUGGCACAACCUGUCAUCAUCAGCCCGCAUGAAGCCAACGCCUUUUUGCCGGACAUUCAGCGGUCGAAGAGAUCGACCUUGUACAUGUAUCAGGCCCGUACCUCUCGGAACAUGGCGUCGUUCGAUGGCCUCGACAUCUGCAAAUUCCCGGCGAGAAACAAUUCUGGCGAGAUCAGCCCACAAGCCAUUGCCCUGCUCGGCCUUUUUGCAGGUCAGCUGUACUUUUCUUCCUUUGAGCAUUACCGGGAAUUUUGUACGCUGACGGGGCUCUUUGAUGGAGAGCGACCACUCCGCAAGCGACAGGUGGCAACCGACAACUUUGUGUCGCCUUCUUGUCGAAAAGCGAACGGGUGGACCGAAUGUACUUUCCGGACCAGCCCCGUGCCUUGGAUCAAGGAAUUCAUCGAUAUGCGACGAGCCGGAAUCGAAUGGACCCACACCCAUAUGGGACGAGUCAUGGAUGGUAAGAUCUUGCGGAGGGAGGAUUUUGAAGAGGUCGAAGAGGAUUUCGAGGGCGAGGCUGUGGUGCACGACAUGGGUGAGCUGAGUCUUGGGCUGGACUACUUUCGACGCUUGUCAGAGUCUACUUGGAGUGUUCAGUGGGUGAUUGAGUCGUUGGGCCCAGUUGGUGGGAUGCUGGAUGGACAGAAAGAAAGCUUGCUAUGGAUCCACAAAGGCGAAUCAUCGAACGGACGAAACACCAGGGAAGAUUCGCUGGAUAAGUCGAGCUUGACCUAA